AUACAGAGAUAAGAAAACUACAGAAAACAGAGGUUCUACAUAAACCUCUAAUAUUUCACAAAGCCCAUGCCAAUGCUCCAGAUUGCUGCUUCUCCUACAUAUCACGAAAUAUCCGGUGUAAGCUUAUGGAAGACUAUUUUGAGACAAGCGGUGAGUGCCCCCAGCCAGGAGUCAUCUUUGUCACCAAGAAGGGGCAACAGGUCUGUGCUGACCCUGGAAAUCUGUCAGUUCAGAACUGCAUAAGAAAACUGAAGCCAAUAACUAGGACACUUGCUUGAAGAAAAGGGACAUAAGCAAGCUGGGCGGACUUGUGCUAGAAAUGGUGGUAAAAGAAGACAGAAGCAGCCCUGAUUCCUGACUGAGUACACAGAACAACUCUUCUUGACACACAUACCAUCAUCCCACUGCUGAGCCACACUGGACUGUGACAUGCACAAGAAAUAAAGCUUCAUUCUCAUUAA